AUGUGUGGCUCGCCAGAGUACAUGGCACCGGAGACCAUCUCUGGAACUGGCUACGGUAAGUCCGUUGAUUGGUGGGCACUAGGUACUUUAUUCUAUGAAAUGGUUAUUGGAUUGCCACCAUUUUAUUCUGAGGAUCCACAUGAAAUGACAAAACUUAUACUUUCAGCACCCUUGAAAUUCCCACCUGGAAUAUCAAAGAAUGCAACCAGUUUGAUUUCGAUGUUGUUGAAUCGUGAUCCAUCUAGGAGAUUGGGUUCCGGUGAAUCCGACGUUGAGGAAAUCAAAUCACAUCCAUUCUUUAGAUCUAUCAACUGGACAAAAGUAUUAAACAAAGAGAUAGAUCCUCCAUUUAAACCACAUCUUAAUGGACCACUGGAUCUAUCUUAUUUCGAUCCACUUUGUACAAUUCAUUCAUUACCAAUCAAUCCAAAUAGCUAUAAUAACAAUCUGUCAGAGACUGACCAGAUGGCGUUCCAAGGUUUCUCUUAUUCCGCUCCAGAGUUUUUCAAUUUGACAUCGUCCAUAAGUGGAGGUGGUAAUAAUAGUGGUGUGGUUGGUGCAACACCAAACAGUGCAGUUUCAUCACCUAGUUUAAUGCGAUCCAAUCAGAAUACACCACCAAAUGUACUGCGAUCGAAUAAUAACUCACCUAUGACCAUUGUACAAUCAACACCACCAAUCUAUAGUUUUACAUCGAUAUCACAACAACAUCAUCAACAACAACAACAACAAUUUAACAACAGUCCAUCAUCGGCUCAAAGCACACCUUCUUCUCCACCACCACCGAAUCCAACUAUAAAACAAAACGGUAGUUGGGUACAACCUCAGUAUCCACAUCUUCACCAGCCACCUCCCACUGAAGCCACUCUUUACCAAACUCCAAGAACGUAG